AUGGAUCGCUUUCGAAGCACUAUCCAUGUGUGUAACUUCAUCGACCUAGGAUACCAUGGCUCACCCUUCACUUGGUCUCGCAACCACCCUACUGAAGGCAGAAUUUACAUACGCCUGGAUAAGGCCCUCGCGAACAAUGCAUGGAAGUUGGUUUUCCCUAGAUCUACAGUUCACCACAUUCCCAUGUCAUCAUCUGACCAUUCAAUGCUAUCCAUCCGCAUGCAACAACCCGGUCCCCAUCGGAGACCUCGCUCUCGACCUUUAUUUUGCUUUGAGGCCAUGUGGCUCCAGGACCCACGGUGUGAAGAAGUAGUCCAGGAGGCAUGGUGUGAAGGACUUUAUAAAACUGAGGGAGUCUCCAUCAUAAACUGUCAUGCAAGUUGUCGUGAUCGCCUGUUAGCGUGGAAUAAAAAUGAGUACGGCCAUGUUGGGAAGCAAAUUAAGAAACUUGAACAUAAACUUCAGAUUUUGGAAAACCAUCCCAUCCAAAACAAUGCUGAGAUCCAUGAGGUACGAACUGCCCUAAACCAAUGGCUUGACGUUGAAAAUACCAUGUGGCACCAACGUUCAAGGAAUUUGUGGAUUACAGAUGGUGACCGAAACACUACUUUCUUCCAUCAAAAAGCUUCAAACUACAAGGAAAGAAACUCCAUCCUAGGCAUUUGUGACUCUGCGGGACAAUGGCAGGGGGAUGACCACACUACUGAGACCAUCAUCUUGGAGUAUUUUGAAAAUAUUUUCCGCUCAACUGGACAUUCAAAUACUUCAGUGCUCAUUGAUGCGGUCCAACCAGUAGUUACAGAAGAGAUGAACACUUUUUUGACUCGAACGUUCACGGCAGAUGAAGUCCACAAAGCCCUUAAGCAGAUGCAUCCCAAAAAAUCUCCCGGCCCCGAUGACCAGAGUACCUUCAUGUCUGAUCACCUCAUCACUGAUAAUGUCAUUGUUGCUUUUGAAACUAUGCAUUACCUCAGCAAAAAAACUAAUGGUAAGAUUGGUGAGAUGGCCUUAAAACUUGAUAUGAGUAAGGCUUUUGAUCGUGUUGAAUGGAAUUACCUAGGAAGAAUUAUGGAAAAAAUGGGCUUCAAUGACAAAUGGGUUAAUCUUAUGAUGCAAUGCAUUACCACUGUUACUUACUCUGGUCUAUCAGCACUUCUAAAUCAGGCCACAUCAACUGGAAUUCUUAGAGGUGUAUCGGCUUGUCCCCAUGGCCUACAGAUCUCCCAUUUAUUCUUUGCAGAUGACAGUAUCAUUUUCUGCCAAGCCACUCCGGAACAAUGCAGCCAUCUAGAGAAUCUUUUGACAAUAUAUGAACAGGCUUCGGGCCAACUGCUAAAUAAAGAAAAGACAGCUCUCUUCUUUAGCAGGAACACUCCACAGGACAUGCAGGAAGAAAUCAAGAACCGUUUUGGGGCAAAGGUUAUUCACCAACAUGAGACUUAUUUAGGUCUACCUUCUCUGGUGGGGAGAUCUAAACAGAACACAUUCAGAGCUUUGAAGGAGAAGCUUGAUAACAAGCUAUCAGGAUGGAAAGAGAAAUUACUUUCUCAAGCAGGCAAAGAAGUACUUAUCAAGGCAGUUACACAAGCCAUACCAACCUACACUAUGAGUGUCUUUAAACUUCCUGACUCUCUUUGUGACGACAUGAUUGGGAUGAUAUGUAGAUUUUGGUGGGGCCAAAAGAAUGGUCAAAAUAAAAUGGCAUGGCUUAGCUGGGAAAAAAUGUGUGCUCUUAAGGAGAAAGGUGGGCUAGGUUUCCGGGACCUAAAAGCGUUUAAUUUAGCUCUUCUAACCAAACAAGGGUGGCGCUUGCAAAAUAAUCCCCACUCCUUGGUCCACAGGGUCUUAAAAGCUCGGUAUUUUCCUAACACAGAUUUUCUGCAUGCUGAGUUGGGCACGAGGCCAUCAUAUGCAUGGAGGAGCAUCCUUUCGGCCCAGCCAGUCCUAAAGGCAGGUUACCGUUGGCAGGUGGGAGAUGGUGAAAAUAUAGGCAUUUGGAGGGAUCCUUGGCAACCGCGACCUUCAACCUUCAGGGUGUUAUCUCCACCAGCCUUUCUUCCAGACGACACCAAGGACACCGCAUGUAUUCUUGGUAUUCCACUCAGUGAACACAAGUCAAGGGACCGUAUAAUAUGGGCAUAUACUCCAAAAGGAAAGUUCACGGUGAACAGUGCAUACAAAGUGGCCAUAUCCAUGACUCAAGGAAACUCGGCUGCGGAAGCCUCCCAUGGCGAGCUUCAAACCCGUUUUGGAGGCAGGUUUGGAAUCUCCACAUUCCGAAUAAGAUAA